CGCAGAUUGGGCGGAGCUACGGGAGGAGUCCGGGCAGAAAGCAGCGGAGCGAGCAGGAGAGUUUCAGCAGAAAAACAGAGAAAAAACCGGCAAAAAAAACAGCGAAAACCGGCGAAACCAGGGCGAACUCCGCGAGCACGCCUCCACCUCCGAGUCGCUGUCCCUCCACAGCAGCCCGCGGCGCGGCAGAAGUGCGGAUCGCAGGAUGAACGGAGACUCAGGUGUUGGGGUGGUGACCGCCGCCCCCACCAACCCGCCCCAUAAGGAGCGCUACUUCGACCGCGUGGACGAGAGCAGCCCCGAAUACCAGCGAGAGAGAAACAUGGCCCCAGACCUCAGACAGGACUUCAACAUGAUGGAGCAGAGGAAGAGAGUGUCCAUGAUACUGCAGAGUCCGGCUUUCUGUGAUGAGCUGGAAACACUGAUCCAGGAUCAGAUGAAGAAAGGAAAGAACCCCACCAGCCUGCUGGCUCUGCAGCAGAUCGCUGACUUCAUGACCACCAGCGUCCCCACCAUGUACCCUGCCGCCCCACAGGGGGGCAUGGCUGCCCUCAACAUGAGUCUGGGUAUGGUGACCCCGGUGAAUGAUCUGAGGGGUUCUGACUCUAUCGCGUAUGAGAAAGGAGAGAAGCUGCUGCGCUGUAAACUUGCUGCCUUCUACCGUCUCGCUGAUCUGUUCGGCUGGUCCCAGCUUAUAUACAACCACUUAACUGUGAGACUAAACUCUGAACAGGAGCGUUUUCUGAUCGUCCCGUUUGGUCUUCUGUACAGUGAAGUCUCCGCCUCCAGUCUGGUGAAGAUUAACCUGCAGGGGGAGAUUGUGGACAGAGGCAGCACUAACCUGGGUGUGAAUCAGGCCGGCUUCACUCUGCACUCCGCCAUCUACGCUGCUCGCCCCGACGUCAAGUGCAUCGUACACAUCCACACACCUGCUGGAGCAGCGGUAUCUGCGAUGAAGUGUGGUCUCCUGCCCAUUUCUCCUGAGGCUUUAUCUCUGGGUGAAGUGGCGUACCACGAUUACCACGGUAUUCUGGUGGACGAGGAGGAGAACGUCCUCAUACAGAAGAACCUCGGCCCCACCAGCAAGGUGCUGAUCUUAAGGAAUCACGGGCUGGUAUCAGUAGGAGAAACAGUGGAAGAGUCUUUUUACUACAUCCACAAUCUGGUUAGAGCCUGUGAAAUUCAGGUUCGCACACUGGCCAGUGCAGGAGGUCCUGAUAAUCUGGUGAUGUUGGACCCGGCGAAGUAUAAAGCCCGCUCUCGUCACCCAGAACCAGUCGGAGACGGGACCAGCUUGAAGUGGCAGAUCGGGGAGCAGGAGUUUGAAGCCCUCAUGCGGAUGCUGGAUAAUCUGGGCUACAGGACCGGCUAUCCGUACCGCUGCCCGGCUCUGCGUGAUAAAGCUAAAAAGUACAGUGACGUGGAGGUCCCGCCCUCCGCCACGGGCUACUCCUACACGGACGACAGCGACUCGGGGGCUCGCUCUCCGCUGAAGCACAGCUUCCAGCGGCAGCAGCGGGACAAGAGCCGCUGGCUGAACGCCGGCCGGCCGGACGAGGCCUGCGAGGAGGGCCUGGAAGGCAGCGGCAGCCCCAAGGCGAAGACUAAGGUGUGGACGAACAUAACACACGAUCACGUCAAACCCUUGCUGCAGUCUCUCUCGUCCGGUGUCUGCGUGCCAAGCUGUAUAACCAACUGCUUGUGGACGAAGGAGGAGAGCCUUCGACAGGCUGCUGUGGCCAAUCAGUUUGUUCCUCUCAACACAAACCCUAAAGAGGUCCAGGAGAUGCGCAACAAGAUCCGUGAGCAGAACCUGCAGGACAUUAAAACAGCUGGACCUCAGUCUCAGGUGCUCACAGGGGCCGUGGUGGACCGGUCCUUCGUCCAGAGAGCGACUAUCUGGCACGACGCUCCUCUGUCUGACUGUUUGGAGUCUCUCGAUGGUCUUGACCUCUCAGACAGCUAUAGUCCUGCUAGGUCUUUUAGAAAGGGGGAGCUCGUGACGGCCUCUAAAGCCAUCAUAGAGAAGGAGUACCAGCCUCGCGUGAUCGUCAGCAAGACUGGACCAAACCCCUUCACCAAACUCACCGACCAGGAGCUGGAGGAGUACCGCAAAGAGGUGGAGCUCAAACAGAAGGGCCCAGACGUGCAGGUUGAGGAGUCCGUCAGUGUUCCCACCCUCUCCACCUCCUCAGAUCACAAUUCAGAGGAGCUGCGCCCCCCGGCAGCUCCCCUUUCCUCCGCUGCCCCCUGCCGAAGCGCCGGGUCAGGUGCCGGGUCAGGUGCCGGGUCAGGGAGGGUCAGCCCCUCUCCUCCGGAGUCCCCACAUAAGGAGUUUCACAGCGCUGUGCUGAAAGCCCUCAGCGUCGCCCCAGAGCUCUCUGGGUCGGCUGAUCCGGGUUCCAACAGCGAAGCUACAGAUCCAUCACUGGAAGCUGAGGAGGUGGGAAAAGCCCAGAGCCCCACCCAAACUCCGCCCAGCACCCCAGUCCGAGUAGAAGAAGAGGCGCAGCAGGACCGGACCCCUAAAGACGACAGUGACGCCGCCACCCUGAGACAGACCCUCCCCGACCUGACCCCCGACGACCCCUCCGAAGCCGCCGCCUCCGCCGCCACCCUGCUGCCCACAGAAGAAGCUGCCCCGGCUCCCGUCGAGCCGCCCGCCCACCCGGCCGGGGAGGAGCCUGCCGCGGCCGACGAUGCCGCGGGCGACCAGGGCAGCGACGAGUCCCCCAACAAAUCCCCCUCCAAGAAGAAGAAGAAGUUCCGCACCCCUUCAUUUCUUAAGAAAAACAAAAAGAAGACGGAGACCUAGAGAGACGCUCUCCUAGGAAGAAACGGCAUCCGAUUGAUUUCCCUUUUUUAUUUUCCUUUUUAUAUAUAUAUAUUAUAUAUAUAAAUAUAUUUGUUGGCUUAUGUUGUGUUCACCUGUAGUUUGUGCCAAUUAUCUUUUUUUUUUUUUUCUUAAUUGUAAUGAUUUGCUUUUAUUAUUUUGCGUUUUUAACAGUUGCUUUUUUUUAGUGUGGCGAGUGACUGUGUCCUGUUCGGUAAAGUUGCGUAAGUUGCAUAAAGUGUGGCUUUAAUCACGCAUGAUGAACGCAUCGGCAAAUGCGUCGGCCCACACUCCAGAAGAGUUUUAUUUUAUCUCUCUGUUUUUAUAAGAAAAGAAAAGAAAAGACUAAACCAAACUUUAAAAGAAAAAAACGACUAAACUUAAAACUAAAAUAACCACUAGAAUGUAUUGGGAAUAUUUUAAAAUGUAUCAGAAGCUGCAUUCACACAGCCGAUAAACUUAGCCGAUAAAAAUGUGCGUGUAAGAUGAAUCUGAUACACAGCGACAGUGCAUGAAGUUGAACAGCAAGAUCAGAAUUUAUUUUAUGAGAUUUUAUGUUAAAGAGAAAAGGGAAAAAUGGAUGUAGGUACAAGAAAAAAUGAACAACAGCAGGGAGUAUAGGCUUCAGUGGCAGUGAAUAGUAAAUUAUAGACUCAUGUUUCAGUUCAGACUCAGUUGGAAGGCUUUUAGCACUGAUGCUUUGUGCUUAAAUAAAGUUUAAAAGGAAGUGAAGCUGAGAUUGGCUGAAUAAAUGUGUUUUCUAUGAAAAGCCCAGCUUUCAGUUACUGGAGCUCCUCUAUAACUCCUGUGAUGCUGGAAAAGCAUAAUGCACAAUGUUCAGACAAAUGGAACAGAUGUAAGUCACUUUUUAAAAAGAAAUAAAAGAUCAGAUUUGGGCUGAUUUUACCUGCUGUGUGAACGUAGCCUAAGUGUCUUUAAAAAAAUGAAGAAAUAUAAUAUGGAAAAAAAAAUAAUCUAGCAGCAAGAUUUAAAACCUGAAAUCUGCAUGGUGCUAAAUUGUCUAACCCUCACGUCCACGUGCUUCAUCAUUUCUGAACAGGUGACGGCCUAAUCUGCGAGGCUUUGUUGAAAUGCAAUACAGUGCUACAGGUUACGAUCGUACCAUGCUAAAUGAAACUUGUUAAAAGUGGGGAAAAAAUGUUAAAAGUGGAAAUCUGCCCAUUUUUAAAUAGGAAUUUCCUAAAACUUGAGAUGUUAAAACAGUCAGAGUGGAUAUAGAGUGUGUAAAGAUCUGUUCUAUUAAAUUGUUCACAGUAGUGGUGAAAAUUAAAAGACAUGCCCUAAAUGAUAUCCUUGCUAAAACACAGACAUGCCAAAAGUCACGGGACAGCAGUAUGUUAUUUGUUAUUGGGUGCCAGACAGAUGAGACGGACGAUUGUGAGCGGCAGCGUCUUGAAAAAGAAGAAAUCCAUACUAGUUGUUUGACCUGUGAAUAUUUGGCUUGUCCAGUAUAAAAAUCUAAAUGUCCACUUUACAACUUUUUCUCAUUCUUUUUUCUUUCUUUACUUUUAUUAUUUUCUAUAUUUUGUAUUAAUAUUAAAUAUAUUACUAUGAGACUAAUAAGGAACUUGGAUUUGGAAAUAUAUAUAGUAAACAUAGUAAACCCAGUAAUGCAGACUUGAGGAGAUUAUGGAGGACACAACCAUUUUUCCCCAUCUUUAUUUACUAUGUAAUUCCAUUAUAUGUGUUCAUUCAUAGUUCUGAUCUCGUCUAUAUUAAUCUAUUAUGUAGAAAAUAAUUAAAAAAAAGAGAAUUCAAACAAAAUGUUAUUAGGAAACAAACUGUUUGGAUAGUAAAUAAACUUCUUCAUUUCUAUAUGUGUGUUAGAGCUGCAGGGCAAUAUGACAAUAUUGCAUCAUGUUUUUAUAAAUGUUUUAGUACAGAGAGUGUAGCUAAAUUAAAGCUGUUAAAUUGGAUGGUUUUCAGCUAAAAUAAAAGUAAUAAAAAUCACUGAACUGUGCAUGAAAGAGUUUUAUAAUAGCAUUUUUUUAAAGACUCUCUCACAGCUGAUGCUCUUUCUCUGUGUGUGAAAACACUGCGAUAAAUAUCUCGUAUUCUAAAAAAACGUCUUUUAAAUAUCGUGAUAUAAUAAUUUUAGCGUAUCGCCCGGCUCUAGUGUGGGUUAGUCGUGGCAAUGCCUCUGUUCUGAACAUUUCUCUACACACUGAACUCCACUCUGACCCGCUGUGUUAAAACUGAAUGAACUCAAUUCUGCUGAAACAGUAAAAAAGCUCAGUUGAGUUUAACUCUAUAAGGUUUGAGUUUGAGUGAGAUCAGACAGGCAGAGGAUUGAGUCUUCAGAAGAGAUCAGUUUGAACAUUAGUUCUGAUGUCCGACUCUGUAGGUGAGCUAGUCUGUAGAGGAGGGUGUUUUAUUGCAGUCAGCAGCAGCGUAUAAACUUAUUUUUAUUAAACUGUUUAUAAAUCUGUUUAUUUUAGCGCAGGAUCUGAAUUAACUAUAAAAUGUCUGUUUGCUUUUAGUUUUUAUUAACAGAUGAUGAUGAUCACCACUAUCAUUGAGUUUAUGAAACGUGUUGCACCCAGAACUACAUUAUUAUUAUUAUUUGUUUUUUUGUCUUCACUUUGACUUCUUAUUUUUCCAGUAACACUAUAAAAUGUCAUUACGUAUAGCUGAGGCUUUGCUGUUCGUUCAUGUUUUACACUGUGCAGAAAUGCAAUAUUUACCACUUCCGAUCACCACUUUCCUGUUAUUAAAAUGAAAAACAUGGUUUUA